AUGAUGUUGAAGGACAUAUUUGGUAAUGAUCAUUUCACAGAGGGGUCUAAAGGGAACAUAGCGGUUGAGUACUUUCGUGACCUCUUCACUAGCUCAAACCCGGUUGAUCUGGAAACUUUAUUUGAAGGUUUCAACGCCAGGGUGACCACCGAGAUAAACGAUAGUCUGACGAGAGAAGUGUCACCAGAGGAAAUUAAGAAGGCGACGUUUGGAAUAAAAGCCAGCAGUUCACCAGGGGAAGAUGGUCUCACGGGCUUCUUUUACCAAAAGUACUGGCACGUGGUUGGUCCUAAACUGAUCCAGGAUGUGCAAGGUUUCUUUCGAACGUCUAUCCUCCCGGCUGGUUGGAAUCAUACACAGCUAUGCUUGCUAGCUAAGGUUACUGAUCCCACAGAGAUGAAGGUCAUGAGGCCCAUAAGUCUUUGUACUGUCCAGUACAAAAUUAUCUCGAGGAUUAUGUGUAAAAGACUCAAGCUGAUACUCCCAGAGAUAAUCUCAGAGACACAAGGAGCCUUUGUGGGAGGCCGACUUAUCACAGACAAUGUGAUCAUCGCACAUGAGCUAGUGCACGGUCUGGGUACGAACGAAAAGAUUGGUAGCCAGAGUAUGGCUGUGAAAACAGACAUGUCGAAAGCCUACGAUCGAGUAGAAUGGAACUUCCUGGAGGUUUUGUUGGAGAGAAUGGGCUUUGAUAGAAAAUGGAGGGAUAAGACAAGGAGAUCCUCUUUCCCCUUUCUUAUUUAUCCUUUGGAAGCGUUGGUUCAUGUUCUGAAUGCGUUUGAAGCAAAAGGGAAAUUACAUGGGAUCAAGCUAGCUACAUCUAGUCCUCCAGUCCAUCACUUGCUGUUCGCCGAUGAUAGCUUAUUGCUAUGUGACGCGGAUGUCAUAGAAAGCGAGGAAAUAACCAGAUGUUUGAAACUAUAUGGAGAUGCAUCUGGACAGUUAAUCAACAAGGCCAAGUCGUCAAUUAUCUUUGGAAAAGGCAUUGGGGAUCAAACUAAGGCGGAUGUCAAGCUAGCUUUGGGCAUCGACAAGGAAGGGGGUGAAGGGACUUACUUGGGGUUGCCUGAGUGUUUCAAAGGCUCAAAACAGGACCUUUUAAGUUUCAUUAAAGAGAAGCUGGAAGGCAGACUCCAAGGCUGGUACUCUAAAACCCUAUCGCAAGGUGCAAAAGAAGUACUGUUAAAAUCAGUGGCCUUAGCACUUCCAGUUUAUGCUAUGUCAGUGUUCAGGUUACCCAAAGAUCUGUGUGCGAAGAUCACUAGCGCUAUUGUGGAGUACUGGUGGAGCAGUGGAGAUAAGAAAAGAAAGAUUCCAUGGGUAGCGUGGCAAAAACUAUGUAAACCUAAGGAGCAAGGAGGUCUUGGCUUCCAUGAUAUUGGCAAGUUUAAUCAAGCUCUACUAGGGAAACAAGCAUGGAGAAUCUGGAACAAUCCAGACUCAUUGGUGGCCAAAGUACUCAAAGGUAAAUACUUCAGAAGAGGCAACUUCCUGGAAUGUGGUUUGGGCUCGCGUCCUUCCUUUGUGUGGAGAAGCAUCAUGCAUGGCAGAGAGCUCCUACAACAAGGUCUUUUUAGACAUACUGGAAAUGGUAUCAGCUCCAACGUGUGGGUUGAAAAGUGGAUUAUUGAUACUAUUCCUCGACCGCCAAUGUACAAAGCAAACAGUGUUGUUAACUUGGCCCUUAAGGUAUCUGAUCUUCUUAUCGAGGGGACUAGCGUUUGGAAUCAACCCUUGCUAAGACAAACCUUCACGCCUGAGGAUGUCCAAAGGAUCCUGUUGAUAAAACCUUGUGUGAAUCAGGAAGAUUCAGUCCGAUGGGGUUUCAGUAAAGAUGGAAGAUACAAUACUCGGAGUGGAUAUAAGCUCUUAGAAGCCCUGACUGACUUCAAUCAUCCCCAAGCUCGCGUCUUGCCACCGAUCGAAAAACAGUUGUGGAAGAAUCUCUGGAAAAUCAAAGCGCCUCCAAAGAUUAAACACUUUAUUUGGAGAGCUCUAUCGGGAGCUUUGGCAGUUAAGGAGCGUCUUACCACUCGGGGUAUUCAGAUUGAUACCACUUGCUCUAACUGUUCAAGAGAAUCUGAAAGCAUUUGCCAUAUGCUUUUCGUUUGUGAAAAGGCAAAAGAAGUUUGGGACCUUGCCAACAUUCCAUUACCUCAAACUGGUUUUUCAAGGAACUCUGUAUUCCUAAACUUCUUACAUCUCUUGAAGGUAUACAAUUCAAAUGAGGGGGAUUCCAAUACGCGAAGUGUUUUCCCUUGGCUUGUAUGGGAAUUAUGGAAGGCGAGGAAUGCACUGGCCUUUGAAAACAAGACGGUAACGGCCUACACCAUUGCAUCUAGGGCCUUUGAGGAAGCUUCCUCAUGGCAGAAGACCAUGAUCCUCAAGUCAAACACGGAGAUAGUAGAUGAUGUGGUAAGAACAAAAGAACCUAUUGGGUGGAUUAAGCCACCGUCUGGAUGUUUGAAGUGUAACGUGGGUUCAUCAUGGGUAGACCCUCAUCACCCGAGUGGAGCUUCGUGGAUUCUUCGUGGAGAAGAUGGUCAAACCAUUAUGCAUAGCAGACGUUCAUACUCCUUCAUGCGAUCCAAAGCGGAAGCAGAUCUAUGGGCAAUGCACUGGGCGGUGGAAUGCAUGCAUAACACUCACCAUGUCAACGUUAUCUUCGAAGCUUCAUCUGAACAACUCCAUAAUGUCCUUUCUGAGCCAUUUUACCACCUUGAGUUCACUGUUGUGGUGCAAUCUAUAAACCAACUUCUCAAUGGGAUUAAUGGAUGGAGCCUUAACCACGCCUUGCAAGAACGUAAUGAGGCAGCUGCAACUAUCGCCGUGAGUGAUGAUCCAAACACUUGGACUUAUGUUUCUCCUCCAAAUUUGACAAAAAGAACUGACACAGAGUCGAUGGAUGAGACGGCUUUUAAACGCGGUGAAGCAGAUCUUGAUCAAGCAGCUGGAAUUGUUGACAAAGAGCAAACUGAAAAAAGCAGAGUUCAAACUCUCUUUACGGUCGGUGAGAAUGUGGAGAUUGCAUCUGGUCGAAAAUGGUAUCCAGGAAAUGUGUUGAAGACAGAUAUGCGUAAUGGAGUUGAGAUGGUGAAGGUUGAGUACUCAACACUGUUUCAGGACAAAAAGAAAAAGACAAAGAGACUUCAGGAAAGUGUAUCCAGUGACAGAAUCCGUCCUCAACCACCAUCUGAGAAACCUGAAGAGACGAAAAGUUUGGAACUGAUGGAUAACGUGGAGGACAUGAACAUGAUGAGAGAUUCAAUACCUGAAUUACUAGCACUGCCUGAACUCAAGCAUCCUAUUGGAUCAGAGCCAAAGCCAAAAAUGACAAUAAACCAAUACUCGACCGCUGCUUAUAUCAAAACAGGUCCGCCUAUUAUCAAGCCAGAAGAGUUUGACAGAAUCCGAAGGACUUUUAUGGGACCUGAGCCAUUGGAUGGAUCACACGCAUCUCCAUUGUCUCAACAGAUUGAGACUCAGGUGUAUUCUCCUAACUCGGCACAACACAUUGAGAAAGAGCAAUUGAAUGAGGCACCUGAUGCUCAUACUCAAGUUUUUCCUCAAAUGUGA